UUCUCGUCAUUUUCUGGGCAAGCCUGGAAGAUGGAGGAUGAAGAAGGUUACACGGUAUUAAACCUCCGACCCCAAGAGAAAACCACCACCCGCCCGUCACCAGGGAGGAUCCAAGAUUCUCCUUUGAGUUCCCAGCGCUUUAAACGCAUGCUAGGGAUUUUGGGGGCUGUUUGCAUCAUUCUGACAGUAGCCGUGAUCAUUCUGACUAUCCUGGUUUUCCAGGGCGCCAGCAACCAGACACUGAAGAGAAACCCCGCGGAAAGCGACGGUGUCACUCAGCAAACCGGAAGUGGAGGAGAACACAACGCCAGCUUGGAGGACUUGUUUUCUCGUCUAAAGCAGAGUCUGUGUGAUCCGGCCCAGAUAAGCUCAGCAGGUGGCUCCAGGUGCAAACUCUGCCCCAGGGACUGGGUGCUGCACGGGGACAAGUGCUACUGGCUUUCGAACGAGGCUGACAGCUGGAGCAAGAGCCACGACGACUGUUCAAGGAAGGGAUCUCAAAUGCUGGUGAUCCAGGAUCGGGAACAGAUGAAUUCCCUGCAGCCUGUCCUACCAGCUGACCAUGCUGUUUGGAUUGGAUUAACAUUUAACUCUACACAAAGGAAGUGGACCUGGCUGGACGGUGCCCCUGUCCACGAAGAACUGGUCCCAGGAUUAAGACAGGCUGAAAACAACAGCUGUGGAGCGUUAAAAAGGAAUACGGUUAAUUUUGACGUCUGCAGCAGUGAAUUCAAAUGGCUCUGCCAGAAAGCAGCUUUCCUGCUAUAG